AUGCAUAGCCUACCUGCAAAGCUUGCUAUUCUUGUGGCAAACGUGUUUAUCAUUGCAUCUCUGUUGGUGUUCGCAAAAGGCUUUUUUCCACACAAAGCCUCUCUGCCCGGUUUCGCGCAAUGGCCAGUCUCUUCAGCGGCCUCUUCCAGGGCAGCACCGUUUGACCGAGUAGUUUUUAUGGUGGUUGACGCCCUAAGAAGUGACUUUGUCUAUGGAAACUCGACAGGCUUCAAGUUCACCCAAAGUUUGAUUCGAAAUGGAGCAGCAAUCCCCUUCACCGGUUAUGCCAGUCCUCCUACGAUCACCAUGCCCCGAGUGAAAGCUAUCACUACUGGCUCAGUUCCCAGCUUUGUAGACCUCGUGCUUAACUUUGCUGAAUCGGACACAAGUUCAACCCUAAAAGACCAGGAUUCCUGGUUGGCACAGCUAAAAGCUAAAGGCGGAAAACUAGUGAUGUACGGAGACGACACUUGGCUACGCUUAUUCCCUGGAUUCUUCGAGCGGUCUGACGGAACCACGAGCUUCUUUGUUUCGGACUUCACGGAAGUUGACAACAAUAUCACGAGACAUAUCCCCGCCGAACUGGAGAACGACGAUUGGUCUGCCAUGACCCUCCAUUUCUUGGGUUUGGACCAUAUUGGGCACAAAACUGGCCCGAGAGGCCCCAACAUGCCGGCAAAACAGGCAGAAAUGGACGGAAUAGUCAGAGACAUAUAUACUGCCAUUGAAAGUACUGGUCAUCUUGAAUCAUGCCUGCUUGUGCUUCUUGGUGAUCAUGGGAUGAAUGAGGGAGGUAACCAUGGUGCUUCAUCUCCCGGUGAGGUGUCAACAGCUCUCACAUUCAUCAGUCCCAAGUUUAAGGCAGCUUUUGAAGGGCAGACAAGUCCCAUCAACGACGCCAUUGACUAUCGCUUCUAUGAUAUCGCCCAACAGUCAGAUAUCGCGCCUACACUGGCAGCCCUUCUAGGAUUUCCAGUUCCACAAAACAAUCUCGGUGUCGUCAUCCCGCGUCUGCUUGAACUCUGGACUGUGCAGAAAGACCAAUAUGAUCUACUCUACGAAAAUGCAGAGCAAAUAAAGCACAUAGCACAGGCUACAUUUCCGAAUCAUUUCAAACAAGUUGUGUCAUCUGAGAGCUGUUCUACAAACACAGGCGAUGAUGCAACAGCCCUUGCUUGUCUGUGGUACUGGGUAUCACAAAAUCAUAGCCGUUCUUCGACGGUGGGCCCGAACCUCGACGCGAUAGCGGACCUGAGAGCAUUUCUGCAAAAAGCCCAGGAUGUACUAAGUGGAACCGCCAGCAAUUACGAUCUGAUCAGUAUGUACGUUGGACUUGGACUCGCGGCCGCCGGAUUCCUCUGUUGUCUUCCUCCAUUCGUGCGGGGUGCUUUCGAAGCGGGGGCUGAUGGCUUGUUCCUGAUCUUCGUCAUGGUAAGCUAUGCAGUUACUAUGUUUGCCAGCAGCUAUGUCGAAGAAGAACAGCAGUUCUGGUAUUGGGUACUCGGAGGUUGGUUAAUAGUUCUCUACCUCAAAGGCAGCAGGUUCUCGAGCAGCGAAACACAUUCUGGAACAUUGGCACUAUUUCCUGCAUACGUUUUACUUGGUAUUAUCCGUCGAUGGCGACAGACAGGCCAGAAAUAUGCUGGCGACCCGGACCUGAUAACAGAGAUUAUUGCGCCAAAUUCAUGGUUCCUCUGGAUUCUGGUGAGCCUCACAUACGCCCUGCCGUCCAGGAAUCUUAGCGCGAGGGCAGCCAAAUGGAUGGGAUCCCCACAAAUGGGCCUUUUACCAGUCCUGGUCACGAUAUCGGCGUUCCUGUUCAAGAUUGCAUUUACUGCUGCUGAUGCCCCGGAACUACUCCGUGACUUUCCUAUGCUUAACCCCAUGGUUGGGUUUGUGUCGAGAUACCCUCUCUUGAAGCUGGCACAAGUGGUGUUCCUGGGCUUGACGCAUCUGGGAGCGUGCUCAAUCUACUACGAAUCUCCAUGGAAAGAUGUGGAGCACUUCAAGUCAUUUCUCAAGGUCUUUCAAGACGUUCUCACGAUAUUCUUGGUCACUCAGUCUCGAACGGUAUUUGUACCGCUGUUCUUGUUCUUCCAUCUUCAACUCAAUUUUCUUCGGAGAGCCAGAGCGUAUUCAGUCGGUGAGGUUACGGUCAUGGCUUUACUGUUUCAAUACGCAUCGUUCUUUGUCCUGGGCGGGACGAACUCCAUCGCAACAAUUGAUCUGUCUAAUGCAUACAACGGGAUCAGUGGAUAUAAUGUCCUUGCAGUUGGCAUUCUAACAUUCAUCAGUAAUUGGACAGGCCCAAUAUGGUGGGCCUUCGGUACUUGCCAGCUUCUGAGCAACAGCGAUCUGAUAAAAGGCAGCUGGGCUUUCCUCUUGACAAGCCUCACUACCUUUGCAUGCGUGCAUACCUUGUCCGUUAUGGUGGCUUGCACCAUGCUUCGGGAACACCUUUUCAUAUGGACUGUAUUUUCACCAAAAUAUCUAUACACUGCUGCCUGGGUCGUCGGCCAGCAUACCUUCAUUAACACGAUUAUCGUUGGCGCCGUCCUGUGGCGGGGUGGCAAAGGGAAAACGACGUGA